AUGGAUGAAUCUGAAGAUCGUACAAUGUAUGGCUAUGCCAAAAGAGGGAAAAAGCAGGCUCAAAAAAAAGAGAAUUUCAGUUCAAAACUAUUUGAUUUUGAGCAUUAUAAUAAUGGCAAAAAGACUUCUAGUAGAACUAGCACUGUAGAAUAUCAGUCAUUUCAUGGCGCCGAACCUGUUUCCCGGUCCAUGAUAACAACAGCAGAAACGAUUUCGCCAAACUCCUCAAAGCGAGUACGUAGAGAAGAGUCAGUAGUGUCCCAUGAGAGGCCACCAACGUAUACUUUAACAGACAUUAUUCAAAGAGUUGAUCAAAAAGUAGAUGUGUAG